UCGGAAAAUAUUUUAUUUUAGGCAGAAUAAUGUCUGAAUUUACUGAUUUAGUUUCAAUUUGUAAUGAAACGGAUAUUAAUAAUGACGAAGUCAAAGAGUUUAAUUUUGACGAAAACAAUAAGCUGUUGUUAAUACGUCAAAACGAUCGAAUCUGGGCCAUCGGAGCAACGUGUCCACAUCAAGGUGCACCUUUAGUUAGAGGCAUAUUAGGACAUGGACGCAUUCGUUGCUCACGUCAUGGUUCUUGUUAUAAUAUUAGGACUGGCGAUAUAGAGGAUUUUCCGGGUUUGGAUUCAUUACCAAUGUAUCCGGUUGAAAUAGCUACAAACGGAGAGGUUCAAGUGCGUGCGAGAAUCAAGGAUCUUAAUAAGAUACGGCGCACAAAAGAAAUGGUAGAAUACAUUAAGUCUGACGAGCGUAUAUUUUUGUUGGUAGGCGGUGGAGUUGCAACGGCUACAUGCGCGGAAACAUUACGUCAAGAGGGCUACACAGGACGCAUAAUAAUAUUGUGUCGUGAGGACUAUUUACCUUACGAUCGCUCACCACUCUCAAAAGCAUGGCAAGGUGAUAUAGCGGAAUUAUAUUUCCGCGAUAGCGAUUUUUAUGAGAAUAAUAAUAUUGAGGUAAUAUUGGGCGUGGAGGCAAUUAAAUUGGACACAGCCAUGAGAACGGUUAGCUGUUCCAAUGAUCAACUAAUUACAUAUGAUAAACUUUUCAUUGCGACUGGUUCAAAACCAACUAGAUUGCCUGUCAACGGUAAUGAUUUAAGAAAUGUAUUUUUCAUACACGAUUAUAGAGAUCUCCUAACAAUAAUGCAUGUGUUAAAAUCAAAAACAAAUUUAGUAUGUGUAGGAGGGGGUUUAAUUAAUAUGGAAUUUGUUUCCUCUAUAGUUACCAAAGUAAAAUCGAUUGUGAUGGUUUGCAAUAAGAAAUAUCCUCUAGAGAGCACUGUUGGCAGUGAUGUCGGUGAGCGUUUAUUGCAAUUAUACCGCGAAAAGGGUGUCCAAAUGAAAAUGGAAAGUAGAAUUAAAGAAAUAUUGAGCGAGGAUGGAGUUAGAAUCUCUGAAAUAAGAACAAGUGAUGGUUAUAAGUAUCCAUGCGAUGUAUUAAUCAUUGCUGUGGGUGUAGUGGCCAAUACUACUUGGCUAAUCGACUCGAGCUUGCCCAUAAAUGCUGAUGGCACAAUUGAUACRGAUAUGCAUUUAAUGACGCUGGUGCCCAACAUAUUUGUGGGCGGUGAUAUUGCCAAUGCACCCCUCUUUUCGAAUGCUAAUCAAAGACAAAACGUUAAACAUUUACAAAUGGCACAAUAUCAUGGUUAUGUGGCUGCUAUAAAUAUGGCUGGUACUAUAAAAGACCUACGGGCAGUACCUUUUUUCAACAUACACCUCUUUGGUGCAACGUUUUCGCACGCUGGUGUUGGUAGUAUAACUGAAACUUCCAUAUACGGUGAUUUAAAACGUUUAAAAUAUCUAGCAUAUUUGUUCGAUUGCGAUGGCAAUGUCACAUCUGUUAACACUUGCGGCUACGAUGCUACGGUGGUCAACUUUUGUGAAUUGUUGUCACAAGGAAAACGACUGCAUCGUUCUGACGUAGUAGACAAGUCCAAUCCACAUCAAUGGAUGGAGCAUUUGCUCGAUACCAGACGUACACGUUGUGGUUGUUGAAACUUUAACUUCUUGCUCUUAUCUAACGAUUUUACUAAUUGUUCUUCAUUCGCAUGCUUUUUUUUUUUUUUUUUUGCUGCUGUUCAUACGGAUAUGCUUCAA